GUCUUGGCCUGUGCUAUAUAGGACUGGGUGUGUCCGUCUGUGUGUCCUGACCUAUAGAGUACACCGUUUGUUUGUCUGCCGUACACAGCCAUGGCUCUGCGCGCCGGCUGUCUCCUGCCCCUCAUCUUCAUUGUAUCAGCAAGUUUAUUGAGGCAGGUGGCGCCGCAGCAGCUAGGCGGGUACAGGGCCAAGAGGCACGUACUGGUGACUGUACGGACACGACUCACUCCUGGUGCACUGCAGAGUGUCAGGGUUGAAGACAAGGUCACCAGAGCACGUCUCCGUCGGGGCGUAGUCAUCAUUGACCUCCACACAGUGGUAGUAUUCCCUCAGGCACUGUGUCUUGCAUUUGGGGAAGAAGCCUGUCUCCUGGCACGUGUACGGGUCGAUACAGCCUUUCUUGUCUACCACGUUCCUGCACAGCGUCAUGCACGGCGCCGUGCUGUUACACUCUCCUGCGUGCAUGUCAAAGUGCUCACCAUCCCUACACUCACCAGGGAUGACCGGUAUUUCAUCUGGUUCUUAGUAGAAGAACUUCCGGCAGUCUGUGGGGUCCUCUACCUUCUUGCAUACUUCUCUUAUGUUGCAGUAGGGAUGGCAGUGGCAGCAAGCAGACUCAUCCACACCACACUUCUCCCCAUCAAAGUACGGUGCAUCAGCAGGACACGUCAUAGCCAGCCCUGGCUCUGUGCCGGUACAUUGGUGGCACAGAUAGGCAAGCAUGUGCCCUCGUCUGGCUUGCAGUUAAGCAUCUGGAAUAUCUGACCGUCGGGCAUGGGAGGGGGUUAUCGUAUAAGAAGCUGUUCUCAUCCUUGCACACGUAGUAACUGCUGCAGUCAGAAGGACUCAGCAUUCUUUCGCCUGGGGCACACUCAGCACAAUUGGUCCCAUCAACCGCACAAGGAUCGGGUGUUGGGGGAUCGCCGCAUACAGCAACUACCAAGAUGACUGUUGUCGAUGCCUGGCGGUGGGGACACACUGGUUAGGGUGACACACACACACACACACACACACACACACACACACACACACACACACACACACACACACACACACACACACA